AUGGCAAGUGAAGAACCCAAGCAGGAACAAAACAAAGAAGAAGUGGAAGAAGAAGUUCAUUAUGCUGGCGAAGAAUAUGCAGUCAAUGACUAUGUUCCUCCUGCAGAAUAUACUGUGCCUAAAGGCUAUUACAAUGACAAUGGUGAAUUCAUAGAAUACUCUGAAUACGAAUUUGCAGAUCCAAACAACCAACUCUACCCUGAUCAAUAUUAUUAUGGUUAUGACUACAACUACCAUGAUCCUAACAAUGCGGCUUAUCAGUAUGACCAACAACAGCAGUAUUAUUAUGAUUACAGUAAAAACACAGCAUCCACUAAACAAGCAGAACCCACCAUAUCAGCCAGUGCAGCUGUCUAUACACCACCUACAGCUACUCAAGUUGCAAAGCCCUCGUUCUAUCCGCCUAUUGCGAACUCAAACAACCCUAUUGGACCUGUGACGAUAACACGGUCUGGUUAUACAGGCGGUAUUCACUCAGCCAGCUCUCCCAUGAUGGAUUCCAGUAGAAAUAAGAAAAAGAAGCCUGUGGUACGAGCAGCAGGUGGUGAAGUAUGGGAAGAUAAUACACUAGCUGAUUGGGAUGAUAGUGACUUUCGUCUGUUUGCUGGUGAUCUGGGCAAUGAAGUGACUGAAGAAUUGCUGUACAAGACAUUCUCUAAAUACCCAAGUUUGGUGAGAACACGUGUGGUACGUGAUUCGCGUACAAUGAAAUCAAAGGGAUAUGGAUUUAUCAGCUUUAGAGACCCUGAUGACUUUGUGAGAGCCUGGCGAGAAAUGAAUGGUAAAUAUGUGGGUAAUCGUCCUAUUAAACUACGUAAAAGUAACUGGAAAGAACGUAAUAUUGAUGUCAAACAAAAGAAAGAAAGAGAACGUUUUGGUCCUUACACAAAGCAUAAAUAA